AUGAAACAAACCGAAUCAAAUCCACUAGAAGAUACCAAUUUAAUCAAAAGAGGAAGAAAAAUAUGUAAAGGAGAUAAUUUAUUACUUCAAUUACCAUCAGGUUUAAUUAAACCAGUACGAAACAUCACACCUAAUUCGUUUAAAUCAAUAAGUUUAGGAAAAUUUGGUGUUUUUGAAUCUAAUGAAUUGUUAAAUGAACCAUAUGGAUUAACAUACGAAAUCGAAAAAGGAAAAUUAAAGAAAACUUUUGAUGAUCAGAAUACAUAUCAAAUCGAAAAUUGUAAUGUAGAAGAUAUUUUAGCCACCAAUGAAAACAUUAAAGAAAGUAAUGGAGCUCAAAGAAUGACGAAUGAUGAGAUUGAAGAAUUAAAACGAUUAGGAUUAAGUGGUAGAGAAAUCAUUGAAAGACAAAUCUCUCAACAUGCUGCAUUUGAAUUAAAAUCAGAGUUUAGUAAAGAAAAGUAUAUCAAAAGGAAAGAAAAAAAAUUUUUAAAAAAGUUUACAUGUAUUGAACCAACGAUUGUGAACAUUACUCAAUACUUGUUCGAUUCAAAUGUGACUUCGAUCAGAGGAUUAAGACCAGAUACGUUAAGUCAGAUGUUAAGUUUAGCGAAUGUGAGACCAGGUUGGAAUGGGAUCGUAGUAGAUGAAGUAGGAGGAUUAUUAGUAGCAGCUGUGAUUGAAAGACUUGGAGGAUCAGGAUCGGUUUUGGUGAUCAAUGAUGCCGAUUCUCCACCUGAUCUUCAUUUCUUAUCACCUCUAAACUUUCCUAAUCAUGCUAUGGUCCCAUUGAAAUCGUUGAAUUGGGCACAAGUCGAAUCGGAUUGGUCAAGUCGAGAAACACGUGAAGUGAUGCAACGUUUUGAUCAAGAUGAAUCCAAAGAUUCUACCGCGACGACGACGACGACGACGACGAGUUCUUUGUCUAAUACUGCUCAAGAUUCGAAUCAGAAUGAUGGUCUUGAUUCAGUGACUCUGGAUCAGGAGGGGCUGGGUAAGGAAGAAGUGAAUGGAAAACCCUCGAUCAAGAGUAAAAAAGAAAUCAAUCGGUUGAGUAAGAAGUGGGAUCGACAUCGGGAAGUGAUCGAGACACGAAACCGGUUUUUCAAAGGCGGAUUCGAAGGAUUAAUAGUUUGUUCAGAAUAUGAACCGAUCUCGAUUUUAAACAAAUUAAAAUCAAGUCUAAGUGGAUCAGCUUCGAUUGUGAUCCAUUCACCAUACUUAUCAACUCUUUCAUCAGCACAACACGUUUUGAGGAAUUCACCUGAUUUUAUUCAUGUGACGAUUUCGGAACCAUGGCUUAGAAGGUAUCAAGUCUUGCCAGGUCGAACUCAUCCUGAAAUGAAUGGUACCUUGGGUGGUGGGUUUAUGUUGAGUGCUAUUAGAGUCAUUGGAAUGGAUGAUGGUGAUGAUGAUGAUGAGGGGAAAAAGGAUGAGGAUCAACCUAAGAAAAAGAUGAGGGUUUGA